UCGGCCGGCCGCCGUUCCCAAGAUGGCGGCGGCGCGCGCGGCUCCCGCGGCGGGCUAGAGGCGGAGGCGGCGCCGCGUCACUCCGCCCUCCGGCCCCUCGGCUCCGGCCUGCAGCCCACGGCCCGCCGCGGCCAUGCGGGGCCCGGCGCACGGAUGAGAGAAGCCGCCGCCGCCGCCGCGCUGCUCCCCGCUGCUCCCGCCCUCGCCGUCACCCCGGCCGCCGCCAUGGAGGAGCCGCCGCCGCCGCCGCCGCCGCCGGAGCCCGCGCGCUGCCCGGCCGCGAGGCAGGAGUGCGUACUGGGAGAUUCAGCCUGCAAGAAUCCUGAAUCCGAUCCAGAGGACUUUUCUGAUGAAACAAAUACUGAAAAUCUUUAUGGCACAUCCCCUCCAAGUACACCUCGACAGAUGAAGCGCAUGUCAACCAAACACCAGAGGAACAGUGUAGGGAGGCCCGCCAGCCGCUCUAAUUUGAAAGAAAAAAUGAAUGUACCAAAUCAGCCUCCACAUAAAGACACUGGAAAAGUAGUGGAGAAUGUGGAAGAAUACAGCUAUAAGCAGGAGAAAAAGAUCCGAGCAACUCUUAGGACAACAGAGCGGGAUCACAAGAAAAACGUACAGUGCUCAUUCAUGUUAGACUCAGUGGGUGGGUCUUUGCCAAAAAAGUCAAUUCCCGAUGUGGAUCUCAAUAAGCCUUACCUCAGCCUCGGCUGUAGCAACGCUAAGCUUCCAGUCUCUGUACCCAUGCCGAUAGCCAGAACUACGCGGCAGACCUCCAGGACGGACUGUCCUGCAGAUCGCUUAAAGUUUUUUGAAACUUUGCGACUUUUGCUAAAGCUUACCUCAGUCUCAAAGAAGAAGGACAGGGAGCAAAGAGGACAAGAAAAUACGUCUGCUUUCUGGUUUAACAGAUCAAAUGAACUCAUCUGGUUAGAGCUACAGGCUUGGCACGCAGGACGGACCAUUAAUGACCAGGACCUCUUUUUAUAUACUGCCCGCCAAGCCAUCCCGGAUAUUAUCAAUGAAAUCCUUAAUUUCAAAGUUAAUUAUGGGAGUGUUGCCUUCCUUAGAAAUGGAGCCGGUUUCAAUGGUACUUCAGUAGAAGGGCAGUGCAGAGGCCUUCACGGAGCCAAGAGUGUGAUAGGUUACUCAACAUAUCACGAGCAUCUCCAACGCCAGAGGGUCUCAUUUGAGCAAGUAAAACGGAUAAUGGAGCUGCUAGAGUACAUAGAAGCACUUUAUCCAUCACUGCAGGCUCUCCAAAAGGACUACGAAAAAUAUGCUGCAAAAGACUUCCAAGACAGGGUGCAGGCACUCUGCCUGUGGUUAAACAUCACGAAGGACCUAAAUCAGAAGCUAAGGAUUAUGGGCACUGUUUUGGGCAUCAAGAAUUUAUCAGACAUUGGCUGGCCAGUGUUUGAAAUUCCUUCCCCUCGGCCAUCCAAAGGUAAUGAGCCUGAAGACAAGGACGAUGACACUGAGGGAGAGUUGAAGGAGCUGGAAAGUAGCACAGACGAGAGUGAGGGAGACCAAGCCCCCGAGUCCAGGGUCCCGGGACCCAGACCAUCCGCCAGCAACAGCCUUGACGUUCUGUCUCAGGAGCUGGGAUGCAGGAAGCCUGAGAGGCUGGACACGGAGGACGAAGCCGCGGGCUGGGGACCGGCAGACAGCGGCACUGAAGCGGGCUUCGACCGGCACUGCUUGACUUCUAUUUACAGACCCUUUGUAGACAAAGCACUGAAGCAGAUGGGGUUAAGAAAGCUGAUCCUGCGGCUCCACAAGCUGAUGCAUGGCUCCCUGCAGAGGGCCCGGCUCGCCCUGGUGACGUGCCACGGUCCCGUGGAGUUUUCUGAAUUUCCAGACCCCAUGUGGGGCUCAGAUUAUGUGCAGUUGUCAAGGACCCCUCCUUCCUCAGAGCAGGAGUGCAGCGCCGUGUCCUGGGACGAGCUGAAGGCCAUGGACUUGCCCUCCUUCGAGCCCGCCUUCCUCGUGCUCUGUCGAGUCCUGCUGAACGUCAUCCACGAGUGUCUGAAGCUGCGCUUGGAACAGAGGCCUGCCGGAGAGCCGUCGCUCCUGAGCAUCAAGCAGCUGGUGAGAGAGUGCAAAGAGGUGCUGAAGGGCGGCCUCUUGAUGAAGCAGUACUACCAGUUCAUGCUGCAGGAGGUUCUGGGCGCCCUGGAGAAGAUGGACUGCAACAUCGACGCCUUUGAAGAGGACCUGCACAAGAUGCUGAUGGUAUAUUUUGAUUACAUGAGAAGCUGGAUCCAAAUGCUACAGCAAUUACCUCAAGCAUCCCAUAGCUUAAAAAACUUGUUAGAAGAAGAAUGGAAUUUCACCAAAGAAAUAACUCAUUAUAUACGGGGAGGAGAAGCACAGGCUGGAAAACUUUUCUGUGACAUUGCAGGGAUGUUGCUGAAGUCUACAGGAAGCUUUCUGGAAUUUGGCCUGCAGGAGAGCUGUGCUGAGUUCUGGAGCAGUGCUGAUGACAGCAGUGCUUCCGAUGAAAUAAGGAGGUCCGUCAUAGAGAUCAGCCGGGCCCUCAAGGAGCUCUUCCAUGAAGCCAGGGAAAGAGCCUCGAAAGCACUGGGAUUUGCGAAAAUGCUGAGAAAGGACCUGGAAAUCGCUGCAGAAUUUGUACUCUCCGCCCCUGUGGGAGACUUCCUGGAUGUUCUGAAAGCAAAACAGUAUGUUAAGGUACAGGUUCCCGGAUUAGAAAACUUGCCCGUGUUUGUUCCAGACGCCCUGGCGGAGGAGAAGGGCAUUGUUUUACAGUUACUCAAUGCUGCCGCAGGGAAGGGCUGCUCCAAGGAUCCCGACGAUGUGCUCCUUGACGCCCAUCUGCUGCUCACCAAACCUGGGGACCCAGCGGAUGGGAGCUGGGGCUCAUGGGACACUCCGCCCGUCAAAAUCGUGCCUCCGGUGGAGACUGUCGACACACUGAAGAGCAUGCAGGUGGAGAAUUUUCUUCUAGUUGUUAUGCAGUCCACUCACCUCACAAGUCAGAGGAAAGCCUUCCAGCAGUCCACCGAGGGGCUGAUGGCUCUGCGCCACGAGCAGACAUCCAGUCAGCCAGUCAUUGCCAAAGCGCUGCAGCAGCUCAAGAACGAUGCGCUGGAGCUCUGCAACAGAAUAAGCCAUGCCAUUGACCGCGUGGACCGCAUGUUCACAUGGGAGUUUGAUGCGGAAGUAGAUGAAUCCGAAUCUGUCACUCUGCAGCAGUACCACCGGGAAGCCAUGAUUCAGGGCUACAACUUUGGGUUUGAAUACCAUAAAGAAGUCGUUCGUUUGAUGUCUGGGGAAUUUAGACAGAAGAUAGGAGACAAAUACAUCAGCUUUGCUCGGAAGUGGAUGAAUUACGUCCUGACCAAGUGUGAGAGCGGGAGAGGAACAAGACCCAGGUGGGCCACCCAAGGCUUUGAUUUCCUACAAGCUAUCGAGCCUGCCUUCAUCUCAGCGCUACCGGAGGAUGACUUCUUGAGCUUGCAAGCCUUGAUGAAUGAGUGCAUUGGCCACGUCAUUGGCAAACCUCACAGUCCCGUUACAGGUUUGUACCUUGCUAUUCAUCGGAACAGCCCUCGUCCUGUGAAGGUGCCUCGAUGCCAUAGCGACCCUCCCAACCCGCAUCUCAUCAUCCCCACUCCAGAGGGGCUCAGCACUCGCGUGCCUUCCGAUGCUCGGAGCCACGGCAGCCCUGCUGCUGCUGCCGCUGCUGCCGCCGCCGCCGCCUCUGCCACCACAAGCACCGCCAGCCGCCCUGGCCCCUGUGGUGGCGACCCCGUGCUGCCCAAACCCAUCAGCGGUGCCCCUGAUACCAGGGGUUCCAGCGUCCCUGAGAAUGAUCGGCUGGCUUCCAUUGCUGCUGAAUUGCAGUUCAGGUCACUGAGUCGACAUUCAAGCCCCACGGAGGAGCGUGAAGAGCCAGCCUAUCCUCGGGGUGAUUCAAGUGGGUCCACACGAAGAAGCUGGGAGCUCCGCACACUUCUUAGCCACACCAAAGACACUGCUUCCAGGCAAGGCCCCAUGGAAGCUAUCCAGAAGUCAGUCCGACUAUUUGAAGAAAAGAGGUAUCGAGAAAUGAGGAGAAAGAAUAUCAUCGGCCAAGUUUGUGACACUCCAAAGUCCUAUGAUAACGUCAUGCAUGUCGGCUUAAGGAAAGUGACCUUCAAAUGGCAAAGAGGAAAUAAAAUUGGGGAAGGGCAGUAUGGGAAGGUGUACACUUGCAUCAGCGUUGACACCGGGGAGCUGAUGGCCAUGAAGGAGAUUCGAUUCCAGCCCAAUGACCAUAAGACUAUCAAGGAAACCGCGGAUGAAUUGAAAAUAUUCGAAGGCCUCAAGCAUCCCAACCUAGUCCGGUACUUUGGUGUGGAGCUUCAUAGAGAGGAGAUGUACAUCUUCAUGGAGUACUGUGACGAGGGCACGCUGGAGGAGGUGUCGCGGCUGGGGCUUCAGGAGCACGUCAUCCGGUUGUACUCAAAGCAGAUCACCGUCGCCAUCAACGUCCUCCACGAGCACGGCAUCGUCCACCGCGACAUUAAAGGUGCCAACAUCUUCCUUACUUCAUCGGGACUGAUCAAACUGGGGGAUUUUGGAUGCUCGGUGAAGCUGAAAAACAACGCCCAGACCAUGCCGGGAGAAGUGAACAGCACCCUGGGCACGGCAGCAUACAUGGCACCUGAGGUCAUCACUCGUGCAAAAGGAGAAGGCCAUGGGCGUGCGGCGGACAUCUGGAGUCUGGGGUGUGUGGUCAUAGAAAUGGUGACUGGCAAGAGGCCUUGGCAUGAAUAUGAACACAACUUUCAGAUUAUGUAUAAAGUGGGCAUGGGGCAUAAGCCACCAAUCCCCGAGCGCCUGAGCCCCGAAGGGAAGGACUUCCUGUCGCACUGCCUGGAGAGCGACCCGAAGCUGAGGUGGACGGCCAGCCAGCUCCUCGACCACUCGUUUGUGAAGGUUUGCACAGAUGAAGAGUGAAGCUCACCCAACCCUGGCCGGGGAGUGUGGACCGGAGAACCAGUGCUCUGUGCUGGGGCCCGUGGGGACUAGAGCGCGCAUCCGUGGCCCCGGAGCGUGGACUCGGAGCCCAUCGCUCCCACAGCCGGGGAGUGUGUGGACCCGUGGCCGGGGCGCGCGCGGCCUGGCGGCCCGUCACUACUGUAUGUAAUAUUUACAUGAAGACGCUGGGAAGCAGCACAGCCCUGUAACCUCCGGGACUGAAGAGCGCACAGGGCCAGCAUCGCGGGGCCCUUGGGGCGGGGGCGUCUGCAGGGUGAGAGGCUGCAUGUCAAGUGCCAUUACUACUGUACAUGGACCAGCGCCUCCGUCUCCGCUCCUCUCGUGACUGAGAGCCGCGACCUCGUGUAGUGUGUUUAAGCUCCCUGGGUUCACACGACGUUCGUGUCAUCGGUGUCCUGGACUGCGUCUCCAUCUCCUGUUUCUCACGUGCACUGACUGUGAAACCUUUUGUUAUUGUUGGCAGGCUGCAGGUUUAUCAUGCAAAAGGCCGGUUAGUGAAAUUCAAGACAAGUUCUUUUUUCAAUAAAUGGUUUAUUUUAGGAAAAGCUGAGUUCUGCUGUGCCUUACUGGUUCCCAGAGGAUGCCGAGCCGGCGGCGGACGCGAGGCUGGCCCUGCACUGGCCAUCCCCCGCCACCGCAGCCAGGCCUGG